AUGAGCGGGCUGCGGUUCAUCUCUGCGGUGGGAUUCGCCGCGCUGCUGCUCCCGGGGGUCCAGGGGGGAGCGUGUCCCUCCUCCUGCAGCUGCGGGGCCCCGGGAGGGUCCCGGGGGCUGCACGUGGACUGCAGCUCGCGGGGGCUGCGGGCAGUGCCCGGCCUGCCCCGGGACACCCGCAGCCUGGACCUCAGCAACAACAGCCUGAGCCGCGUCCCCGCGGGAGUCCUGGACACCCUGCCCGGCCUGGAGCGCCUGGACGUGGCUGGCAACCCCUGGCACUGCGACUGCCACAUCCUGUACCUGAAGCUCUGGCUGCAAGACUUGUCUGCACCCUCCCUUGCCCGCGUCAGGUGUGCCAGCCCAGCUCCCAUCAGAAUGAAGCCCCUGGCAGAGCUGACUGGGAACGAGCUGGGGAUGUGCAAGAGGCUUCUCCCAGUCAGGUGUCUGGGGUUCUUCUGGCGAGACCUCAUUUUAAUUGCUGGAGCAAUAAUUACACUUCUUUUAGUAGCAUGGGCUCUGAAAUUCUCCAAAAAGCUUGUCUGCCAACUGAACCUCGGCCGGUACGGUGCCAGGGGCCGCCUGCUGAGGAGACACAACCCCAAAAGCCACAAGGUACACUGAGCUGGGCACUGCCACAGCUGGAACAGAAACAUCCAACUCCUCUACGAGCAAAGCAAGUGCACUGGCAACACUGGUUUGAAUGGUGACUGCUACAAACAGGUCGCAGGGCUCAAAGGCUGGUCCUGGGAUGGACAAGCUUGCCUGAAUGAGGGACUCCUGGUGAGGUGUU